CUGUAGAGGAACGAUGGGGCUCUGCGGGAGUGGGGAGUGUAGUAACAGGCUGUGCAGGGCAGGCCAUUAUAUGCCAUGCCAUGCUGGUUGGGUGGGCCCCACUGUGCCGCUCUGCAUCUAUGGUUUCUGCUCCAUGAUGAGGCCUAUAGAGCCUUUUAUGACAGAGUUUCUCACAGGACCUUAUAAGAACCUCACUACAGAGCAGGUGAAUAGACAGGUGUAUCCUGUGUGGACUUACUCCAGCCUGGUACUCCUCAUCCCAGUCCUCUUGGUGACAGACUUCCUCAGGUACAAGCCUGUAAUCAUCCUCCAGGGGCUCAGCCACAUCACAACGUUUGCACUGAUACUAGUUGGCUCGGGGGUCCGCUGUGCUCAGUUGGCCUUCUUCAGCUACAGCAUUGCAAUGGCAGCAGACGUGGCCUAUUUCUCCUACAUUUACAGCGUGGUGCAGCCCAGCCACUAUCAGAGAGUGACCAGUUAUGUCAAAGCAGCCAUACUGCUGGGCUACUCUGUGGGCGCUCUGCUGGGUCAACUGCUUCUGUCCUUGGGUGGGGUGUCCUUGUAUUGCUUAGCUAUUGUAACUCUUAUUUCUGUCGCCAUAUCACUGAUAACCUCCUUUUUCCUGCCCAUGCCUAAGACUAGUUUAUUUCUCAAGGGUACGUUAUCUGCACAACAGGAGAGCUCAGGUGAUGACAAUCAGGAGUCCGAAAGCCAAGACGCGUUGGUGAAGAUCCUGGCAGCUGCAAAGCAUGUUGGGAGGAUGUUCAAAAGGCUCACAUUGGACUUUCAGAAAUGUUAUUCCUCUGUGGCUAUGCUUUUCUUCUGCAUAUGGGCAUCUACUAUGAAAUGUGGCUUCUACCAGGUUGCAGGGUACAUCCAGCUCCUCUGGGUAUAUGUAGAGCCGCAAAACUUCACAGCCUUUAAUGGAGCCGUGGACGGCAUCAGCACAUUGUCAGGAGCUGCAGCCACUGUUGCCGUGGGACACAUGUCUCUGGAGUGGUCCGUGUGGGGGGAACUGGUCCUGGGGGGUUUCACGUUCCUGAUCGCUGGAGCUCUAUUCCUUAUGGAUCGGACUGACAACAUCUGGAUCAGCUACACAUGCUUCUUCCUCUUCAAAACAAUUUACAUGCAGCUCAGCACCAUCUGCACUUUCCAGAUAGCCAAGAUGCUACAAAGGGAGCGCUAUGCAUUGGUAUUUGGACUCAACAGUUUUGUAGGCACAAUCCUCCAGAGUGUCCUUACCGCCGUUGUCAUCAACACAAAGUCUCUGCAGUUAACCAUCACCUCGCAGUUCCUCAUCUACGCCUCGUACUUUGCUGCCAUUUCCCUGCUGUUCACAGUCAGAGGUGUUUAUACUGCCCUCCAAAUGCAGUGUCCUGCCAGAAGCAUCCAAGCAGAGAGAGACACCAACCUGCCAGAGGCCUCUCGCCUGUAAAGACCCUCAAAAGGAGC